UGCCAAGGUGAAGACUUUGCAUGGCAGUUUUACACUGUAUGGUGAAGGCUUUGGAAUUCCAAAACCUUAAUCGAAGAGUCAGGCUGCAGAUGUUGGAAUGGCUGCUCAGAGACACUGCACAAAUUGCCACUUCAUUCACUACGUGAUUAAGGUGGUCCCAAAUUCAUGUGGUUUAAAUGAAACACUUUCCAAAGAUGAUUACUGGAACCAGGAAGAAAGUCCUAUUGUUAGAUACCUCCUGAAAAAAAAUCUGGACUUAACAUUAGAAGUGUGACAUGCCUUUUUAUUUGACAGUGUAUUCUCCCUCUUAAUUAUUGGCUUAUCUUUCUGUACACAAAAAACCUGUGUAAGAGUGGAUACUCCUGUGAGGAGGAAUGAACUACAAGUAUGGGAUUCCUUAAAGGAGUCCAGGCUCUAAUUUUAAAUUACUGAAGAUAACAUCAACUCUUCAUACAUUCUGCUGUCAGAUUUUCUCUCCAGGUUAAAGCCCUCUGUUACUGUAAAAUUACUGUUGGUUGCUCAUUCUGUAUAGUAAUACCAUUGCAUCUUUUUGAAAGAGUAGUUCUAGGGGCUAGGGUUUACUGAACUGGAGUCAAAUACUAGAAGUAUUUGGCUGAUGGGGGUAACUUGUUUUGUCUUCUUCACUGCCUCCUCAGAAUGACUGCCUUUUGUGUGAUGAAACUUCUGUGUCAAGCAACCAGAAACGAGCAGAGAUACACAAAAAGAUUCUGUGGUACUCUUCUUACACAAACACAACUGAAGAGGGUCUUCUCUCCAUUCUGGAUGGUGGUGUCUGACCCUACAAAGUCAACAGUAUUUGGACUUACACAACCAUUUUGUACAGCUAAAAAAUCUCCCAAGGAGCCGAAAACGGCAUUUGGAAGCGUUGGGCGAAGAAUUCCUUAUCGGAUAUUGCACGUCAUCAACCAGGAUGGAGAGAGCUUAGGAAAUAUGCACCGAGCUGAGGCACUCAAACUUAUGGAUCAACAUGACCUGAAACUAGUUCUUCUGCGUGAGAAUGAAGAACCUCCUGUAUAUAGACUAAUGACUGGGCAGCAGAUUCAUGAAGAACAGCUGAAACGUGCAGAGAAGAAAAAAUCAAGUUCAAAAUCAGAGAUGGUUCGGAAGGAGUUGUCCUUUUCUUCAGCUAUUGCCAAGAACGACUUAGACACCAAGACUAAACACAUAGCCCAGUGGAUUGAAAAGAAAUACCAAGUUAAAAUUACCAUCCGGCAAGCAAAAGACAGCAAUACAGACAUGUUCAUGCUUUUUGAUCAGAUUUUGGAGACCGUGUCUGAGAAAGCUACUUACCUUUCCAAGCCAAAAAUUACUAGAGAAGGAGUGAGCACCUGUAUUUUGAGACACAUGUCUGACAAAGAGCUGAAAGCAUACCAGAAGAUGGAAAACCAGAAAAACAGUACAGAAAAGAAAGAUGAAAAUGAAGAUCUGAAAUCAAAUGAGUUGCAUCAGUGACUUUAUAAAAAAGUAUAAACAAUCUCUUACUUAAAAACAAACACAACCCUAUAAAUAUAAUAAAAUUAUUGUUGAACUUUA